AUCAUUGGUACUUGUCAAAAUAUAGAAAAGUCUUAUCUUAGAUUAACUACCGCUCCUGAUGCAUCUGUUGUACGACCAUGCCAUGUUUUACAAAAGGCACUCGAAAUAAUCAAGCAAAAAUGGAAAGCUAUACAUGAUUACAGAUACACCUGUGAACAACUCAAAUCUAUUAGACAAGAUCUCACGGUACAAGGAAUUAGAGAUGAAUUUACCGUGAAUGUGUAUGAAACGCAUGCUAGAAUUGCCAUUGAGAAAGGUGACCACGAAGAGUUUAAUCAGUGCCAAACUCAACUGAAAGCUCUUUAUGCCGAAGGUAUUCAAGGAAACUGUUUAGAGUUUACUGCCUACAGGAUUCUUUAUUAUAUUUACACAAAAAAUACUCUCGACAUUUCAAGCAUUGUUGCAUCAUUAAGUGAACAGGAAAAAAAUGAAUAUUGCAUCAAACACGCUCUAAAAAUUAGAUCGACUUGGGCAUUGCAGAAUUAUUUUCGAUUUUUUAAAUUGUUGAAAGAACCUGUCAACAUGUCUGCUUACAUAAUGAAUUGGUUUGUUGAAAGAGAGAAAAAAAAUGCCUUAAAGACCAUUAUUAAAGCAUAUAGACCAAAUAUUGCUGUAUGCAAACUCAGCCGUUGGUUAUCAUUUGACAGUGAUCAGCAAUGUAUAGAAUUUCUAAAGAUUUAUUCAAUAUUUUUAUCUAACGAUGAUGAAUAUGUUGACUGUAAAUUAAACAUGCCAAAUGUUCAACUUCUUUGA